AUGGAGCCGGAAGAAAAUGAGCGAUACUCGCAGCACAUUGAUACCAGACACGACGUCGCAGAGGAACAUGAGUCCAAACAGCGACGGAUCGCAGCGUGGCGACGCCUCAACACGCAAAGGUAUGGCUACCGUGCCGCAUACCACGAGGCGGUCGAUCAGGAGGAUGAUGUACCUCCGGAAUACCUGCGCAAGUUGGUAAAGGACAAUGGCGAUCUUAGCGGAAAGCGGUUUAACACGGAGCGGAAGCUGUGUGUCGCACUGCUGAAGUACAUUCCACUAGCUCUCUACAAGCUGCUCGAAAACAUGCCGAUGCCCUGGGAGGAGGCACGCUACGUUAACGUCGUGUAUCACAUGGGGGGACUUCUUACACUCGUUGAGGAUACGCCAACGGUGGCGGAGCCAGUGUAUCUGGCGCAGUGGGGGUCGAUGUGGACGGGGAUGCGCGCACAUAAGGUGGGGCUACAGCAGGAAGGCGGCGCCUUCCGCCGCAUGGUGCACAAGAGUAAUGAGAAUGAGCCCCCGAUUGACUACGGUGACUACAUCAUGGACCGUGAGCCGCCGCCGGCGGUGCGUGAUGACCUUGAUGAGGAGGACGCCGCCGCCAUCUUGGAUUGGUUCUACGAUCCGUUUCCUCGCCUCGUGCACCCAAACCAAAUCCGUGGGCCGCGGCGGCCGAACGGAUAUUACUUCUCUAUCAGCACUAUGGAAUGUUUGUUCCGCAGCGCCGCGCCAAUUCUCCCCGCACUGGACGACCGUAACUACUACUAUCUGUGGGACCUCAAGUCAUUUUACGCGGCAAAGGCGAUGCAUCUCGCGAUUCCGAGGGGACCAAAGUUCGAGGCUCCACCUGCGGUGCAGGCGGAGGACGAUGACUGGACGGAGUUCAACGACCUCCGGCGAGUGAUUCACCGUGAUGACCCACAAAAGCCACGCUUCACAAUGCUGACGGAGCGUCAGAUUGCGUUUCCAUUUCUCUAUGGCGAUGAUGUUGAUGCGGUGAUAGUGGCGCCGUACCACUACCCUGCUGCAGUUCGUGUAGAAAACGAUGAUCCGGCUAUGCCCUGCUUUGCAUGGAACCCUGUACUCAACCCAAUAAAGGCUUUGCCGCGCAGGCACCCCAAGGCAUCAACAGCGGCAGGUGCGUUACGCUCAGCUGCAUUGUGCUCUGUGCAGGAACUGGUGGAAGGUACGGAGGAAGGAAGAGUGAAAGGGGCAGAGAAAAAUAUUGAAGAAGAACAGCUACUGGUGCUUCCGGAUGAUUUCGUCCCCUUUCUAGAGGAGUUGCCGCUAGAAGAUGUGGACACGAAACAAGCCAUGACGCUGGCUAUGGCGCCUCCGCCGUUCAACAGUUUUGAGGGUGGGAUGAAGCGUCGCGUGGAUAUUCCUGUGGCAGAACACUGGUGUCAAGAUCCUCCGAAUCUCUUGACAAGUGACACACGCGACAAAACACUCCGAAGCUACACCCAACUGUUAAAGCAUCAUGUGGCGAAGAACUUACGUCGGGAUCGUCUAAAGGCGCGAUCGCACCAGAAUGAAGAGUCACAAGACGUGUCACACCCCCCUAGACGACUAGACGAGCUCAGAAAGUUGAAAUAUUUUCAAAAAACAAAGGUUGACUGGAUGGAGGCGGGACUUCAGGUUAUGCGACAAGGGCAUAACAUGCUGGUGCAGUUGAUCAACGUUAAGUGCCUGCCGUACGUUCACAUUGAUUACAACUUCGAGGCAAAACCAACCCGCACACUUACAACCAAAGAAAUCAAAAAAAGUCGUCUGGGUCCCGCAUUUCAUCUGAUUCGGGAGCUCCUUGGAUUCAUGAAGCAACUCAUCGACAUGCACGCUAUGUACAGGCUCGGGAAAACUGACGCUCUUCAGCUGGCUGAUGCGACUCAGUACCUCUUUUCACACCUUGGUCGACUCACGGGCGUUUACAGGUACAAGCUGCGAGCAAUGAGGCAGAUUAAGCGAACCCGUGAUUUAAAGCAUGUUCUCUAUAGCAAAUUCAACGUGGGUGAAGUAUUGCGAGGUCCGGGAUGUGGUUUCUGGGCGCCGGCUUGGCGCGUUUGGGUAUUUUUCUUGCGCGGUAUGACUCCUCUGUUGCAGCGUUACCUUGGCAAUCUCACCGAUCGCGUUCUACGUGGACGUGAGUCAAAGGGGAAGUACGACGGAAAGCGUAUCACGCGACAGCGUGUGGAAACAGACAAGGACGUAAAUAUUAAGGAGGCUUUUAGGCGAGAACUGCGCGAGAUGCUGCCCGAAAACGUGCGGGCAGAUGUUGUUCGUACGAUGGAUCAACACAUGAAUGAAGCUUUCCGACAUUGGCGUGCUGGUCUCCAAUGGUCUGUGCCAGGGUUGGCGAAGACUUUAACAGAGCUGGUAAAUAAAUACGUAAAGUUACGUGCGGAAGAGUACAUUCGGGUUACACAAUACCAGCGAAAACGUAUCAACGAAGGUGACACAGUGGAUAAGCAAGCCUUCAUGAAGAACCUGGGACGCCUUACGCGUUUGAAACUGAUGGAAGAACAGAACCGUCAACGUGCGUACUUGGAGGGAACUGAUGCACGUGUGAUAUCACCCGAAGAAGCGACUGAGAUUUAUCGCACAAUGGCAAACUGGCUCAGCGAUCGUGGUUUUAAGAAGAUUGGAUUCCCGAAGGUUUCAAGACCGGCAGAGCUGCGCAUACUGGAGUUAGCACUUAAUCGACUCCGUGAUCAGCACAACAUUGCGAACCGCCUUACUCAAGCGCAACGCGAGGAACAGGCACGUAUUGAAGAGGCUUUCAACUCUCCUCAUGAGACUUUGUCGAAGAUCGUGGAUUGCUUAGCACGUGUGCGUCGCUUCAAAAAUGUCGAGGUGGAAUACAUGGACACUUUCUCAACUUUAUAUCCGAUUUUUAACGUUGUACCGGCUGAGAAGCUUGUGGAUUCCUUCCUCGACCAAUACCUCUGGUACGAGGCGAUGGAUCAACAGCGGUUGUUUCCAAACUGGGUAAAGCCGUCUGAUACAGAGCCUGUUCCAGUUCUGGUGUACAAGUGGUGCCAAGGCAUAAACGAUAGCCCCGGCAUCUGGGAUGUUGCACGGGAAGAGUCUACGGUCUUGCUUCGAGCUGACCUGGAAGACAGCUUCUAUGAUAAUGUGGACUGGAAUCUCUUCCGUCCUUGUUUGGAGCUCAUUAUGGAUAAGUCUCUGGUAGAGUACAUCGUCAGCCGUCAUGAUGUUGUGGUGGAGUUUAAAGACAUGAGUUAUCAGUGCCGCAAGGGACUCCUGCGUGGAUUCAUGUUCUCUUCAUUUUUGGCUCAAUACUGGGGCCUUGUGGUGGAUAUCCUGCUCCUUGGCACGCAACGUAGUCAAGAGAUCGCAGGACCUGCAAGGCGACCCAAUCCAUUCAUGACAUUUAUGCGGGAUCCUCUGCUUGCCACAUCUCACCCUAUUCGUGGGUAUUGCAGGUACAAGAAUGAGGUGUUUGUGCUUCUAAAGUACACAAAAGUCGAGGCUGAUGAUGUUCGUCGACGUUAUUUAGAAGAAACGAAAGAUGACCCUGAGCGACGCGCGAUGAACGCUUCUGUUUACGGAUUCAAAAAUGCCAGCCAAUGGCCAAGAGACGCACGCAUGCGCUUGUUCCUCAAUGAUGUGAAUCUUGCGCGUGCGGUCUUGUGGGAAUUUCGUGGUCGUCUUCCGCCCAGCAUCGCGGAAAUCAAUGAGUCCAACUCAUUUGUAAGUGUCUACUCCAAGGAUAAUCCUAAUCUGCUAUUUGAUAUGGGUGGCUUUUCUGUGCGUGUCCUGCCAGUGUGCCGUACAGAGGAGGAAGUGCUAGAGAGUGAGUCGAUGUGGAGCUUUCAACACGUCACAACUAAAGAUGUCACAGCGCGGGCCUUUCUCCAGGUCGCACCGGAUCACGUUAACAACAUUCGAAACAAGUCCAGGCGUGCUAUCAUGAUGGUGGGCAGCUCCACAUUUCAGAGUAUCGCGGCAAAAUGGAACGCGCUUAUCACGGAGAUUGUUCCAUACUACCGUGAAGCUAUAUUAGGGACAGACACACUUCAGCAGGUCCUUGCUCGUGCAGAGCAUCGCAUGCAGUCCAGAGUCAUGAUGGCACUGAAUUCGCGUUCCAAAGCACGCUUUCCCCCUGCGAUGUUCUACGCGCCUACAGACCUUGGAGGUCUCGGGAUGCUGUCUGUUGGUCAUUCCCUCAUCCCCGCUCGAGAUCUCAUCUACUCCAAGUCGACGAGCACAGGCGUGCAGUUCUUCUACUCGGGCCUCACAAAUGCCGAUGAUAUUCCUAUCCCCAACAUUUUGCAGUAUUAUACGCCGUGGGAAACGGAGGUUCGAGAAAGCGUCAAGGCGUGGACUGAAUUCAGCGUACGGGACCGCGAAGCAAAGGCGGCUGGAGCACGACUCUCCAUUGACGACGUUGAACACAUCAUCAACAAGGGUAUCCCACGUAUACGUGUACUCUUUUCUCGGCAUGCGAAACUGUUUCAGUUUGAUAAGGGUUUUCGCUGCCGUAUGGAGUUCCAGCGCUACCUCGCGGGGAAAUACCUAAAAAACUGGUGGUUUCACCCAGAGCACGACGGUAAUAUUUGUGGUGGAGUACUGGAGCGGUACCGCGUUGACAUGAACAUCGCACUCGGUGGUGUCGAGGCUAUUCUUGAGCAUAGUCUAUUCAAAGGCACGGGAUUUCCUUCAUGGGAAGGUAUUGAGUUUAACCGCUCUGGAGGUUUUGAGAAUUCUAAGAAGGACAGCAAGCUCGCCAAGCAGCAGCGCGCAGGUCUUGCCAAUGUCCCCAACAGGCGUUUUGCGCUGUGGUGGUCGCCAACCAUUAAUAGAGCGGACGUCCAAGCAGGGUUUGAAUCUAAAAUUGACACGACUGGAGUGUUCAUGUGCGGAAAGCUCGAAACGAUUAAGAAGUCACUAAUUAAGAUCUUUAGUGGUUCACUAUGGGAAAAGUGUCAUGGGGCGGUGGUGAAUGAUAUUGCAAGCAAACUGAGGGAUACCAUGGUGGAGUUGGAUGCAGCUUCUGUUACACUACAACAACAGCACCCACAGAAGUCGUACACUUUCACUAGUUCUUCGGCUGAUGUUAUUAUGACAUCUACUUCUCGUUGGCCUGUGACGGCAAAGCCGACAGUUCUCUCGGAUGAAGAUGGUGAUGAGUAUCGCUCAUAUUCUACGGGUAAAUUUUGGAUAGAUGUUCAACUGCGUUGGGGUAACUACGAUAGUCAUAAUAUUGCAGAAUACACGAGGAAGAAGUUUUACGAGUAUUCUUCAGCAAAGAUGUAUCCGUUCCCAGCUGGUAUUGUUGUCGGCAUUGAUUUGGCAUACAACUGCCACUCUGCGUUUGGUUACUGGAUUCCGCAGCUUAAACCAUUGAUGGUAAAGCUCAUGUCAGCUAUCAUACGGCACAAUAUUGCCCUCAAUACCCUGCGUGAUCGGAUGAAGAGAGACCUGCAGCUCUUUAGCUCUGCCCCAACAGAAGCAGGAUUGUCUGUUACAAACAUUGCAGAGCUUUUUUCGGAAGGAAUGCGGACGUGGAUUGUUGACGACAGCGCGACGUAUGUCACAAGUGAGCAGCCGACUGCAGAGGGAGGAAGGAAAUUCCGCUCUGAAAACGGAGCUGUACUUGUAUUUGAGCCAACAACCGGUCAACUAAAACUCAGCAUAGUGCAUAAGAGCGUUUUCGCCGGACAGAAGCGACGCACAAAGCUGGCCCGUGAAAAGGCAGCAGAAGAAAUAGCAUCGUGGCUGCGUAGCACACCUGCUAGUCAAAGGCCGGGUAAGAUAAUCGUCACUCGUAGUCGCUUCCGGCAAACUCUGCACAACAUGCUUGUGUUAGACUACCCUAACAUUAUUAUUGGACAAAGUGAUCUGAACCUCGCUAUUCCAAUGGUAUUGCGCCACAGCCGUUUGGCAGAUUUGCGCAUCUCUGCCACUGAGAGUAAGGGCUGGGAGUUCUGUUUGUAUGAUGAUUGGCUGCAACAAUUCCAGCCGGCAACAUGCUUUAACCUUGUAAACCUCAUCCUUCGCGGGUAUCACGUGAACCUCAGCCGCACGCGUGAGACACUUGUGCCUGACCUUCAUGUGGAGGUGCACCAUUCCCAUUUUUGGCCGACGUACGCCCGUGAAGAGUGGGAGCGUGUAUCUGUGCGAUUGCAGGAAAUGAUCAUUGCGGAUGCAGCUCGACGUAUGAAUGUCAGCCCGAAUCAAUUCACAGAAAUGGAGAAGAAGGACAUUCUCCUGGGGAAGAAGAUGACAACAGUUGAGAUUCAGGAGGAAGAAAUGAAAGAACUCGAGGAAAUGAAGCGCACCAAAUUGAUACAGGAACAGACAGUAAACGUGACAACGAAGUCUGGAGAGACUGUAAAGAAAAGAGUGAAGGCAGCAUUUGAUUUUGGCAACUCUACAACAGCCAGUAACUGGCGCACUCGUUCCUUAGCCGAUGCAGCCGCUUUUGACGAGUCUACUCCCAUUGAGAUCGACGCGGCAGGUGCAGUGGCAAGUAGCGAUCAGCUUAUUAUACCCAUGGAGUUGCUAAAGGUUUUUAUUCCAUGUUGUGACGUGCAGGCGCAGUGCUGCGCGUACCUCUUCGGUCAGGCCCUCACCGAUGCACCCAAUGUGAAGGAGGUGUUGUGCAUCAUGAUUCCUCCACAGAAGGGUUCCGCUGUGGAGUGCACCACGCCGGUUCGCAUCCAACACCAGCACCCCGCCCUUGUUGACAAUCAUCUCUCACUUCUUGGUGUUCUGCGGUGCUGUGGUGGUGAUCCCGUCGUCCACUCGAGGGACGUCGCGCUGCACGGACGUUUGCUGGCCACCAAUGACGGCCUGCAAACCGAGGGUCUCACUACGGCUGUCUUGGGCAUCUCCCAGGACGGCCUCAACAUGCGCUGCUACACCACCACACGGGAGGGCAUAUCGUGGGCACUAGAACAUUACGCCAAGGCAUUGGAGCGAGAACCGAUUGAGGUUGAACCAACGCACGUUGUGCCGUGUCGUGCCACGCUGUCAGCGGAGCUUCAAGGGUUCUUCCUCGUGCCCACCAGUGGCGGGUGGAACUACGCCUUCAAGGGUGCAACAUGGCGCGACACCACCGACUUCGAGGUGUGCGUAGACCUCCCCCAAUUCUUUUUCGCCGCACAACACCGCCCAGACCACUUCCUCAACUUUGUUCGUCUCUCGGAGGAAGACGCUGCCGUUGACAUUGCGGAUAUUGACGAUGCCAUGGCGUAG